CUGAGCAAGAACACACAAGUAAUCCAGGGGGAACCAAUGAGGAGGAGGCCAUAGUCAGACUGUCUCUCUGGAGAUACCCAGGGGGAUUUUGUCCUUUGGCAUUUCUCUAGCCCCUGGGGAAGGGACCUCAAAGCUCUGAGCCCUGGGGUCCAUUUGCCCCGUGGGACAGAUACCACCCAGGCUGGGGAGGUUUCCUGGAUGGCAAAGAGGGGGUGGGGGCCUGGAUCUGAGUGCAUGGGCCUACCUUCCCCUCCUCUCUCACGUCCCUUUAUUAGUACCAAGGGACUAAGGGACGAUCCUCCCAAGACCAGGACCUGAGACACGCAGGUGUGGGGAGGGUCAUUGCCCCUUAAUUCAAAACCCUCUUUUCUUUCAGUCUCUUCAACUCACCCUUCAGUCUGGAAUUUGACUGCUUAGCUAGCUAGAUCCUGCUGAUUCUUUUUGUAGGUUUCCUACCUAGCUCUAGGUGUCAGAUACCAACAUGAAGAUCAUCCUGCUCUUUGGUUUGCUGGCUUUGGCUGCUGCUCAGUUCACUAAUAAGAGAAAUGAAAAUUCCGACACCAAGUUUUUAGCCUACCUGAAAUCUGACUACCAGCCUUGUGUGGGCACCUUGAUCCACCAGCAGUGGGUGGUGACAGCCGCUCACUGCUACCUACCAUACCUCCAGGUAAAAAUAGGCACUGCAAACCAAAAUGUUAAGGGCUGGCUCCAGGACCAGGAAUUAAACUAUGAAUUUAUCUUCCGACAUCCAAAUUUCACGGCAGACUCUCCUGAACAUGACAUAAUGUUGAUCAAGCUAGCCAAGUCCAAACACCUCCAUGUGCUGGUGGACCUGCCGAUUGGCGUCAAUGACCUAGAUAGAUCAAUAUGUAUUAUUUCUGGCUGGAUUCAGAACUGGAAAUAUCCUAUGAGAGAUGCAGACAUCCAGAUAAGUCAAAUGGCUCGGUGGCUGCCUCCUCUUCAAUGCAAGGGAGCCUCUUCAAGAAAUAUCACUAUAAAGAACAUGAACAACAUGUUCUGUGCAGGAAUGUAUCCAUAUCAGCAGAACUUCUGUCAGGAGGUGUCUGCUGCUGUGGCCAUUUGCAAAGGACAGCUCCAUGGGAUCCUGUCCUGGACAGAUGGGUGUGUUCUGAAGGGUGAUAUCGGCUUCUACACCAAAGUAUCCAGAUAUAUAGACUGGAUCCUUGAUAUUAUCAAGAAAAAUUGAGGCACCACUGCACUCUCCUGAUGACCAUGGAUCAGCGUAUAACAUUGCUAGUCCUUUCUUCUGCCUCCAGCCUCAGAACAACAUCUGAAUGGAGUCUUCUGGAAAUAUCCUAUCUGUGUGACUUAUUCUUAGCUGCUUUCUAUGAAUUGAGCGCUAAUGGAUGAGAUAACAUACAUAAAUAAAAACAUUCAAAAUAAA